AUGACAGAAGCGAUUGAUCAUCUUGCUGCUGUACUGACACCAUCUGAUUCGACGGUAGUCUCGUUGGGGGCUGCGGGGGCAGCGGCUUUUCAAGAAGGUUAUUUUCUACUUGGCCGGUUGUUGGCGCCGAAGGCAAAGCUACCAGGUUUUAAAGGCACUAUCCCUACCAUCUGGCACAUUCGAUCCGGCCUCACUAUCCAAGACACAGGUGAGCUCUUCGUGUUCCAGUUUGAGAGCGCUUCUAUGCGUACCAGGAUUAUGCAUGGGGGGCCAUGGUUUUACCGUAAUACAAUGCUUGUGGUGGGCGAGUAUGAUGGCCUGGGUCCUGUGGAAUCAGUACCGCUGAAUCUAAUGGAAGCCUGGGUGUUUGUGAAAGGAUUGCCUAUUGCGCUGAGGAAUAAAGUGGCUUUAUCCAUGGUGGGCUCUUCUAUAGGGCAUGUCGUGCGGUUUGAUCUGAAUGCGCUGAAGAGUAAGGAAGAGGAGCAGCGCAUCAAGAUUGUUUUUUAUGUCCGUCGUCGAAUUCGCACCUGGAUGAUUUUUGAAUUCUCAUCUGUUGUGAAACUGGAGUUGGUGCUUAUCUAUGAAAAGGUGAAGGGUUUCUGUCCUGAGUGCGGUUUGUUCCUUCACGACGCUCUAGGGUGUGACAAAACAUUGGUCAAGGAGAAGGAGGCGAUCAAAGCUAAACCUCUGGCAGCCGCCAUGGCUGGUCUGUCUCUUAGUUCGGAGGCAUAG